UUUAUCUUCGGAAAGUAACUUACAGAUAGUUUGACAUUUUUAAAAAGACUUUAGGAGCAUAUCAACAGUGACUUGAGAGAACUUUGUUGAAAAAAGUAUGAGAAACCAUAGUAUUUUAUUUAAGGGCUGGGAAUAGAUGGAAGAGAAAGAUGAAAGCAAAGAGGCAUACCAAUAGUUAUAAUAAAAGUAUGGAAGCAAAAAAGGAAAGCUUAGGAGGUAUACAACAUGGGGUUGUGUUUCAGUGACAAGUUGAGGAUGAAGAGAGGAGCUCCACCUCUGGAUGUGGUGUGGUGGCAGCGUUUGUAGAGUAUACCUUUUCUGCAUCUGCAUACCCUGUGAUCUUAACUUUUGAAGAUCAUUUGACACCAUAUCUUCAAGCCAAAGCAAAACCCAGGUGCUUUCUUGAUCUUACUGAAACAUCAUUGCUGUGUUAGGCCCCAAAUUAUUGAAAUCCUUCUCAAACCGUUUAUAGCUCCCAAAAUCUAAGGGCCGGCCCUACCUUCACCCAAAAGAUCUCAAGUAGUAGUAUCCACUAAACUUCCCAAAGGGAACCUGAAAUAGGAAAAGGAUUCCGAGUCAGAUGUAUCAGGAAUGACAUCAUUAGAUGUUUGAACCGCGCGACAGACGAUGAGAAGACUCUGAGGAAGAACCAAGCUAAAAAUGAAGAGAAUGGAUUUUUGAUCAAGAAUCCAGCAACUACAGUCGCCUGAUAUUUGAUUCCUUCUGGAAAACCUGAAAAUGGAUUGAAGAAAGCACUUAGGGUCGAUGAUGGCGGAGAUUAAACGGCUGAGUUUGAUGGAGCACACAAGUUCAAGAAAGCCAUUGACAUGUAUGGAACCGUAAGUCAUACAUGCACAUUCAAAAGAGACUAUUGCUUUUGAGCUAGUUCUAUUGUUAUAUUCCUCUAAGCUGCCUAAAAUCAUAUUCAAGAUUCACACAGAAUAAUCAUAAUAUCCAAAAGCCACUCGAGUAACCUCCUGCAACUACAAGCCACUCAGCAAUUGGAUGCACGGAGAGUGAAAGUAUACAUGGGAAGGAUGGUUUCUCGGGAUAGACAUGUUUGCCUCUCGGGAUAGACAUGUUUGCCUGUGGCAGAGGUGAGACAGGGUAUACGUUCUGUUCCUUUGUAUGAUCGCAAAGACGAUAGACUCGUUGCGGUUACACUUCUCAUGCGGUUUCAGUUUUCUUAAAAAAAAAGAGUUUCAUUUUUUUAUUGUCAUCCUUGAACAGAGUUGGAGCAGAGAAGCUUUCACUGUUGAUAAAAAAUCAAUUCUCAGUAAUAACUUGUGGAUGAAGCAACACGAUAUCGGUACAUAUAAGAAGACAAAACAGAUUAAAUAGCUAUAGAUGGAUAAUGCUUUCUUAAAUAGCAUGCAGUUGAUAUAUGAGCUUUUAUUAGUAAUGUCGAAUUUUGCAUAUUUUGACUGCUUAAUAAAGACUUCUGCGAUGUUUCCAUGUUAUUCUAACAGAGAAAUGAAAAUGUAAAUGUCAACGCAAACAAACAUUCAUAGGUUUGAUGUGGGUAACUUUAACUAAUCUAUAAUAGAAAUAGAUUUUACUAAAACUCGAUGCAUGCAUGCAUUGAUGAUUAGUAAUAUGUUGUCAUGAUAAUGAAGUUGGAAAAAUGUGAUAUGCAAGAGAUGAAACCUACAGUUGUUCUGCUAAUUAAACUUUAAUCAGUAUACUAAUCUUUAGAAUCCAUCAAAAGAGCUUAAUAUUAGAGGCUGAUGAAACCUUCUAUUAAAAGAAAUGGUCAAACUUGGUUUAAUAAUAAAAAAAGUUGGUUUGAUUUGGUCUUCUUCUGACAACCGAGUUAUAAUUUUAAAGUCGAAAUAAUCUGACUUUAUACUAAAUACGAUAAUCUUAUUGGUGGGAUUUAGUUUACUUAAUUGAAUUAAAUCUCUUAACAAACAAAUAUGCUCACACUGUAAAACACAACCCUGUUUGAUGCUGUGAGAGAAUCAAACACUUCAGCCAAAUCAAAAUUCGAUCACACGGCGAUGGAGAAUCGUACCGGUUUAACCUACAUGAACCGGAAAUUAAGCGGUUUAACCGUAACCGACGAUUCCUCUUCCGCCUUCAGCGACUGUAACAGCGACAGAUCCGGCGAGUUUCCACCCUCUUCCUCCGAGAACCGCCGUCUCUUCCUCUCCCGCGCAGCUGAGAAUCCCGACGAUUUGAUCCGUUACCUCGUAUCGCAUCUCGACUCUUCCUCCUCCUCCGUCGACGAGCAGAAGCAAGCCGCCAUGGAGAUCAGGCUCUUAACCAAAGACAAACCGGAGAACCGGAUCAAACUCGCCAGAGCCGGCGCGAUCAAACCGUUGAUCUCUCUCGUCUCUUCCUCCGAUCCUCAGCUUCAGGAGCACGGCGUCACCGCCGUGCUGAACCUCUCCCUCUGCGACGAGAACAAGGAGCUGAUCGCUUCCUCCGGCGCGAUCAAACCGCUCGUCAGGGUUUUGAAAUCGGGAACACCGACGGCGAAAGAGAACGCCGCGUGCGCUCUCCUCCGCCUCUCGCAGAUCGAAGACAACAAGAUCGCGAUCGGGAGAUCCGGAGCGAUCCCUCACUUGGUGAGCCUUCUUGAAACCGGAGGAUUCAGAGGGAAGAAGGACGCGGCGACGGCUCUUUACUCGCUCUGCUCGGCGAAGGAGAACAGGACCAGGGCCGUGGAAUCGGGCGUUAUGAAGCCGCUCGUGGAGCUGAUGGCGGAUUUCGAUUCGAACAUGGUGGAUAAAGCGGCGUACGUGAUGAAUCUGCUGAUGUCGGCGGCGGAGGCGAAGCCGGCGGUGGUGGAGGAAGGAGGAGUUCCGGUGCUUGUGGAGAUAGUGGAGGUGGGAACGCAGAGGCAGAAGGAGAUGGGCGUGUCGAUAUUGCUGCAGCUUUGUGAGGAGAGUGUGGUGUAUCGAACCAUGGUGGCUCGUGAAGGAGCGAUUGCUCCUGUGGUGGCUUUGUCGCAGAGUAGUAAGAGUCGAGCUAAGCUAAAGGCGGAGGCGUUGAUUGAGCUUCUAAGACAACCAAGACAACAACAACAACAACAACAGUUAGAUUCUAACAGAAGCUAGUGUGUGUGUGUGACUGAAGAUCUUUGGUAUUGUAAAAUAUCUUUCGAAUGGCAUUCCACAAUUUUGUAAAUAGUGUGAGCGGUGUGUAUAUAUACAGAUGCUUGAUUUAAGCUUUAAUUAAUGGGCCUAUAUAGACCCAUCUCACGUGCUUUAUCAAUUAAUGGACUGGCUUAGUUUGUAUUUUGAUUAUGAUCACUCAAUGUUCUAACCUAAUUGGGUUUGGAGAUCAACUCUGUUCAGCUUUGCUAACUCAACUUUAGUACAAAUAAAUCUACUUGACUGAUUUAUUAAGUUGAAAGUUGAAAGUUGAAACUGUUAAACGUGUAAUAACUUUUGACAUGUCAUUAUAAGUUGCAAGUCUUUUGGAUGUAGUACUAGGAGAAUUGAGAUUCAAUACUUCUUUUUUGAAGAUUCAAUACUUUAACUGGCAAUAUGCAUAAUCACGUAAAAAAAUUUAAACAGUGAGACUUUUACUUUGUGCACUCAUAGUCAUCUUUUAAAAUUUCUUAUUUAAAGAGAGAUUUUUUAUUAUUUCCUUUUAAUAACUUUAAAGCUUUAUAAUUUAGGUAUGAUAGCAAUAACUUUAAAGCUUUAUAGUUUAGGUAUAAUGAGAAAAUAUACAUGGAUCCAUAUCUAACUAUUCUGACUACAAUGGGCCUAAACGAAAAAGUAUUAUUGAGAAGAUAAAAAUAAAGGCAUAAACGUAAUAUGUAGCUAGCUAUAUACACGUGACGUGUGAUUGAAAGCAUUGAAGGAAGAAAUGAUGCCACCGUCGCACCGCUUCAUGCGCCGCUAGAGAUAAUCAAGCCAUGAAAUCCGGGAACAACCGCCGCAAAAAUGUCUUAUUAUGUUAAUCAUUCCUGUUUUAUUUUAAGUCUUCCAUCUUUCUAUAUAUGGUGACGACUGACGAGCAUAACACCAGCAUCUCAACCAUUGGCUCUACACUCUUACCGUAAUUUAAAAAAACUUUUGGUCAACGGUCUGUUUUAUGUAAACGGCUCUGUUUUGCUUUAAAUACUAACUUCAUUUCGGACAGCCGACACAUAAUCAUCUCUUAUUAAGUUUUGUAAUACUAUAAUUUAAUAGUAUAUAAUUAUAUAUUAUGACUA